UUGAGGACAUAUUUGGUUUACUAAUUAAGGUUAAACGACACCCCGUUCAUCUCCCAACGUGAAAGGAUCAUAGAAAAUUCAUUCACCAGAACUGGAAAUUAUCAGUAUACAGACUGACUGACUGGUCGUCGUCUUUCUCUUCUUCUGCAAUAGGGUUUAGGGUUUUCAAAUUCCCAAAUCAGUGACUUCUGAACACCGUCGUUUCAAAAUCAUACACCAAUGGGGACCGAACUGGUGGUCACUACGGACCGGGUCCAGAAGUUCUUCGACGACCUAGAGGCGCAAAAGGCCAUUCUCUCCACAUCCACGAAGCUAUUCACAACCCUAUCCAAACACUUCAAUUCCCUCGAAGACUCCCUUUCCCAGAAAUCCCAAUCCCUAGAAUCCAAAAUCCAAUCCCUCGAAUCCCGUUCCCGCGAAACCUUAGAAUCCCUCGACCUCCGGGAGACCUCCAUCCCGGAGCGCGAGUCCGCUGCCGCCGCCCGAAUCGAGGAGCAGAAAGCUGCGGCCUUGGCCGAGUUCGAGAAAAGCAUUUCCGGGAAUUUGGAUUUGCCCGAAACCCUGAAAUCGUUUUCCAGGAAAAUGGAUCCGCAGGGAUUGCUGAAAUUCAUCGUUUCCAAGCGAAAAGAGUCGAUAUCGCUUAGGACCGAGCUUGUACAGGCAAUAGCCGAGGCGGUGGACCCACCAAAGCUGGUACUUGAUGCAUUGGAAGGGUUUUUGGAUUCUAAAGCCAAGAAAAUUGGGGUUACCGAUAAGAGGUGGGCGUGCGGGCUGUUGGUUCAGGCUCUGUUUCCGGAGGGUAGGUCCAAUUCCGGCGAGAAGGGGCCGGAAUUUUCCCGGAGCAUGGUGGAGAGAGCAGCGCGGAUUGCGGACACGUGGAAGGCGCAGAUGGUGGGGGAUUCGAACGGUGGAGGCGGGACAUUAGGGGCAGCGGAGGCCGUGAUGUUUGUGCAAAUGGUGAUUGGGUUUGGAUUAAAAGAAAAGUUCAGUGAGGAGUUCUUUAGGAAGUUGGUAAUGGAACAUGCGGCGAGGAGGGAUAUGGCAAAGCUCGCAGGGGCAUUAGAAUUUGGAGAGAAAAUGGGAGAUGUGAUUGAUGAGUUAGUGAAGAAUGGCAAGGAGAUAGAGGCUGUAUAUUUUGCUUCUGAGACUGGAUUGACCGAGAGGUUUCCUCCUGUUUCUCUGCUCAAGUCAUAUCUCAGGAACUCCAAAAAGAAUGCUACGACCAUAUUGAGGAAUGGCAAUAAUAGUUUGGCUGCAACUGAGGAGUCGAGCACAUUGGAGUUGAAUUCCAUCAAAGCAAUCAUCAAAUGUGUAGAAGACCACAAGCUUGAAUCAGAGUUUUCUCUUGAUAGCUUAAGAAAGCGGGCUACUCAUCUGGAGAAAGCCAAGACAGAAAGGAAAAAGAGUUCAGCAGCUUCCAGCAGGUCUCAUAAUAAUAAUAAUAAGCGAGCCUACGGGGGUGGGGUUGGUGGUGGAGGUGGAGGUGGUGGCCGAGGGGUUGGAUCAUCUUCUUUCCGCCCUGCCAAAGCUGCCAAGUUUUCCAAUGCUUACCCCUCCUUUAACAGGAGGAACCCAAAUCCUCCUCCACAACAUAGCCCUGCAACACGAUAUUCCGGUCCAUACAAUUACCCAAGCCAAAGUGUGUACGAUGGUCCAACCGCAGCCUCAUAUGGAUCCACAUAUGGAGUGCCCCAUGCUCAAAGCCCUGCUGCUCUUCCACCACAACACUACUCCCUCUCGGGGGACAACAUGGCUGCUGGCGGGUUCCGAAGCAGCGGUGCAUAUGGUGGCCAGACCAGCUAUGGGCCAUAUGAUUACGCAAAUGCUGCUCCACCAUCCUACCAACCUCCUUCAUAUCCACAAUAGUUAGAAGCAGACAUAGCUUAGAUGGAGCUUUGUUCCCUCUUGUAUUUGCUAGCCUUACUUGACUUUAGAGAGUUGCGUAAUCACAAUUGUUUUCAUUACUUUGAUUAUUAACUUUCCAAAUCAAAGGUUCAAGAAAACAUAAAAAAAAACAAUUUAUCCAUUUCUUUCCAUGGUUUACUUCAAUGAUCAAUCCAAGGUUUUUUUGGUUCA